CUUUUUUCAAUAAUUUAAUUUUAUUCAUUUUAAAUCACAAAAUAUUUUUAAAAAUGACCGAAAUUUAGCAGAUUAUAUUAGAAAUCUCAUCUUUUGAGGAUAUCCAUAAGAUAUAAAAUGAUAAACCUUCAUCUUUAUCAGUUUAUUUUGAUACUCAAUAUUUAGGGCCUGAAAAGGUAACUGAGUUAAGCGGAUUGAUAUAAGAAUAAACAUAGCUGAAAGAUUUGACUUUAAUUUUGAAUUAUAAUUAAAUGGAAGACAUAGGUGCAAUUAAAUUAGGGUAAAGUCUAUCAAAUUUAAAGGAACUACAAAAUUUAAAUUUACAACUAAGAGGAAACCAUAUAGGAAAUUAAGGAGCUAUAGGUUUAUCUGAAGGAUUCAGUGAGUUGAAAAAUCUUUAAAAAUUAAAUUUGAAUAUUGUAUAAAAUGAAAUUUAAUAGGAGCAGUAUUUUUGUUUGCUUUCAAGCUUAUCAAAAAUGAUGAGAUUAACAGAAAUCAAAAUUGUUUUAUAAGAAAUCAAAAGUGAAGGAUGCAAAAUUUUGUGCGAAGCUUUAUAAAAGUGUAAUCUUUUAUAAUCUCUUAAUUUUGAUCUUGUAUUUAAUGGAAUCGAUUAAACUGGAGCUGCUUAUAUCGGAUAAAUGUUGACUCAGCUGCACUAACUGAAAAAAAUUCAACUAAAUUUGUUCUUCAAUCCAAUAGCUAAGCAAGGUAUGGAGCAUAUAUUUGCUGGCUUGUCUGAAUGCAAAGAUUUAGAAUAUUUGUAUUUGAAUUUGUGUAACACUGGGGAAAAAGGAGAGGAAGGUGGAAUAAUUCUAGCAAAAUAUAUAAAUUUGUUUAGCAAAUUAAAAAUUUUAUUUCUCUUAAUAUCAAGUUCUUUCAUAAGAGACAAAGGCUAUGAGGCACUCUAAGGGGCUAUUUUAAAUUUGAAAUGUUUAAAUAAAUUGUAUCUAGCUUUAGACAAUAACCAAAUAAAUUAAAACAAAAAGAACAGCAUUUUAAGUAUAUUCAAAAGAAAAAGCACAAAGUUAAUAAAAUUUGAUGUAUAUAUUUGAUUCAUAAAUUAUAUAAAAUAUGUGUUUGCUUUUUGUUUGCUUGUUUAGUGUAAGACUUGUUUGAUAAAUGUAGUGCACUUAUUAAAAACAA